AUGUUCCUGGAGCUGUUCUCCGCCUACACGCCUUCGCUACGCCGCGCGAUCUUGCAGGGGCUCAAGGAGGAGCUCGAGAUCGCGGGCGAGAUCAACUCGUUCGAGGGCGUCGGACCGGUGCCAGACGAGGAGGCACAGUACUUCAAGCCAGACGCCCCUCCAGGUGCAGCUGAGUCGGACAAGUUGUACUGGGACGACGUCAACGGGGGCUGGCUCGACCCUGCGGGAGUGCGGGCCGCGCGCCAGGAGGAGCUGGCCUGGAUGAAGCAUCGCGAGGUGUUCGAGCCGAGCGACGAGGAGACCUGCAGGCGCCUGACCGCUCGGGCGCCGCUACGGACGCGCUGGGUCGACACCAACAAGGGCGACGAGCAGAGGCCUAAGUACCGCUCCAGACUGGUCGCGAUGGAGAUCAAGGCUGCGAAGAAGGCGUCCGAGCAGAUGAGCGCGAGCGAGCUCUUCAGCAGCACGCCGCCGCUGGAGGCGGUCAAGCUCCUGUGCUCGCUCAUGGUCUCGAUGAGCCGCUCGCCCCGAGGACUCCCCCUCAAGAUCGGCUUCUGGGACGUCAGCAGGGCGCGCCUGUACGGGGACGCCCAGAGGAUCUUGUUCGUUCGUCUUCCUGAAGAGGAGGGAGGAGGAGUCGCUCGGCUGCUACGUUCCAUGUAUGGUACUCAGGACGCGGCUUCAGUGUGGCAGAGCGACUGGAGUCGACAGCUCUUGGAAGUAUCGUGGCGCAUGGGCGUGGCUCACGGCGACGACUUCAUGGUGCUCGGCGACGAGAUUACGCUGAAGGAGAUCGAGACGAAGCUGACCGAGCGCUACGACAUCAAGUGCACCGGGAUCUUGGGUCCCGACAGUGGGGACGCGAAGGAGGUCGCGUUCCUCAAGAUCGAGUCGGACCAGAGGCACGUUGAGCUGCUGAUCAAGGAGCUGGGCCUCGAGAGCGAGUCGAAGGGCUUGGACGUGCCGUCGGUCAAGAAGACGGAGGCGGACAUCGACUACGAGGCCAAGCUCAGCACGCUGCCCCCGGACGAGGUUCGUCGGUAUCGAAGCGUGGUGAUGCGUGCUGCCUAUCUUACCUUGGACAGGCCGGACAUCGUGGACGCACUCAAGCAGUGCUUGAGGCGCAUGCAGGCGCCGACGUCAGCAGACAUGAUGAUGGUCAAGAGGCUAGGGAUGUACCUCGUCAAGCAUCCGUGUCUAGUCGCGAGGUUCAACAAGAAGGAGAUGCCGGACAGGAUCACGGCCACCUGCGACUCGGAUUACGCGGGGCGCCUCAUCACCAGGAAGUCCACGAGCGGGACGGUCUUGGCGUUCGGGGAGCACACUCUGUCAGCCACGGGAUCGCUGCAGAGCACGGUGUCUCUUUCGAGCGGUGAGGCUGAGUACUACGGCAUCCUCCGCGCGGCUGCUGCCGCGCUCAAGGUUGCUGCCAUCGCCGUGGACCUCGGACUCGAGAAGAGCGUCGAGGUCGUCUGCAAGCACGGAGAGUUCCCGAUAGAGGUCUGCGGGGACUCGACGGCGGCGAUCGCUUUCGCAUCGCGCCAGGGCCUGGGCCGCCAGAAGCAUGUUAUGACGAGAUACCUGUGGCUUCAGAGCGCGGUCAAGGCCAGAAGGAUCAUACUCAAGAAGGUCGACACACGGGAGAACGUAGCCGACUCCCUGACCAAGCCGUUGCCGGCGAAGGUGGUCCAGAAGCAUCUCAAGAGGAUGGGCUACCACUUCAGGUCGAGGUGGAGCGCCCUGCACCGGACGAUCGCCAAGAGAUCGGCGACGUGA